AUGCCCGGUAAUGUUUGUCUGUGUGCUAAGCAUCGAUCCCCCGGUUUCGGAUCGUGCGACUUGGAGCCUGCCGUUGUUGCUGGUCAGCACCACCCUCAAGCUGUCGAUUCUAGAAACCCUACCCAGACUGGAGAUCUUCCAAUCACUGCAACAAUCGAUCUCGCAGUCCUCGACGAUCGCGCCUUUCCAGGUGGCACAGAGGCCAAUCCCAUAGCGAUUAGAGAUGAUCCUGCUCCUUUGGACUCGGCAUCUAACCAUAUCGUGAUUCACGUUGACGAGGAUUGUGGCUAUGAUGAGACGGAGCAGCCUGGUUCUGUUGCCGACACUGAGAUCAUGCCUACACCAGAGUUCUGGGAGAAUUUAAUCGAUGGAAGCUUUCUUGUGCCAGCAGACGAGGGUGCAACCGUUGACCUGACGUCUAUCCUUGCGCUGACCAGAUUGCAGCCCGCGAGGAUCCAGAAGAGUCUCAAACCCUCAGGCAAUCACCCACAAACCGCCUUCACUUAG